AUGCCACUCCCACGAAAAGCUCUAAUCGCUGUAACCAGCGCCAAUCCUCACUUCUACCCAGACGGGAAGAAGACUGGGCUGUUUUACUCAGAGGCUUUACAUCCGUUCGAUGAGUUGCAGGCCGCUGGCUUCCACAUUGACAUUGCAUCGGAAACCGGAACCUAUGCCUAUGACGAACACUCGUUAGAGAAAAAAUUCUUGAGCCGCGAGGACGAAGAAGUUCUGCAUAACGAAAAUGACCCAUUCAAUAAAAAAUUGAACCACCAGCUGUUCAAGGCUGGUGACCUAUCACCCCAUGAAUACGGCCUGUUCUUCGCCGCUGGUGGGCAUGGAGCUUCUUACGACUUCCCACACGCACGGCACCUGCAGUCUAUUGCCUCAGAUGUUUAUAAGCGCGGUGGUGUCGUGGCCGCCGUCUGCCAUGGCCCUGCCAUUCUAGGAGGCAUUCUUGAUGCAAACGACGAACCAAUCAUUAAGGAUAGGACGCUGACCGGCUUUACCACUGAGGGCGAGCUUGAGCUCAAGGUGAUCGAUCAAAUGAGGGGAGACAAUGUCCACACAAUCGAAGACUGCAUGGGGCCAACAGGUGCCCACUACGAAGCUCCACCAACUCCAUUCGCAAACUUCGAGAAAGUCGACGGACGGAUUGUCACUGGCGCGAAUCCAGCGAGUGCCAGGGACACGGCGAGAGAUGCCAUUAAAGUGUUUGAUGGGCUGGAGUAA